AUGCUGACCCAUGUGAACCCUGUUUGCUUCAUCAAAUUAAGCAUACAAUCAGAAUCGCAACCACAAGCUUGUCAGCGAAAACUAGUGGAAUUAUCCCUUUACGUAAAUGAUAGUUUAUCUAAAAGAGGCAAAAAUGAUUACUUUAAUAAGCCAUAUGUAAGCACCAAAGUUUUGCCUUUCGGAUGUGAAGAGAAGGAUAUUUCAAAAAAGCUCUCAAGGAGCAGUAUAGAAAAACUGUUGAAUAAUACAGGCUUUCUUUUUGCUGAUAAAAAGAAGGCAUAUAUUGUUUUUUAUUACUUGAUUGAUUACCAUAAGGGUAAAUAUCAAAAGAUGAUAAAUAAACUAUGGCUAGUUUUUACUGAAUUAGCAGCAAAAAGUGGAAUGCCUGAUGAACAACGAUUGAAAUUUUUAAUGGAUUGUCAUUCAGCUCUCGCACGCGAUUUUGAUACUCUAGAUGAAUCCUAUGAAAAUCGUUUCUUUUCCAUGGCCAAAAAUAAAUUCAUGUUACAAUUAAGUUUCCGAAUUUUCAUUUCAAGCUUGGUGUGGUCUAAUGUAAAAUUAAGAAGAGUAAAUAAGAAGAAGUGGAAGAAGGCUAUGAUGAAUAUUAUAGAAACGUACAAAGCGUAG